GUGAUUGUAUUAUUUCCCCACUUUGGGAAGCCCUGCUCACCACACCACAACGCUGUACAUCUGGGUCCUUUGAUGGAUGAAGACGGUGAAGUGACCCAGCCCCAAGAACAGAGCUGCUGGGCCACUCUGCCAGAUGUGUGCCUGCGACGUGUUUUCUGGUGGCUGGGAGACAGGGACAGGUCCAGAGCUGCCCUGGUCUGCAGAAAGUGGAACCAGAUCAUGUACUCAGCUGACCUCUGGCGAUACAGGACCAUCACGUUCAGUGGAAGGCCAUCCAGGGUACACGCAUCUGAAUUUGAGUCAGCACUCUGGUACGUGAAGAAAUUUGGCCGAUACCUGGAACACCUGGAAAUCAAGUUCCUGAACCCUUACAAUGCGGUCUUGACCAAGAAGUUCCAGGUCACCAUGCGAGGCCUCCUGUCGUGCCUGGGCAAGAGUAACAACCGCCUGCGAUCGCUCUCCAUCCAGCACCUGGAGCUGGAUCGGCUGGUCUGGAGAAACAGCAUUAGGGGUUCACUCAUCAAGAGCCUGAGUUUUUUCUUAAAGAAAAUGGGCAAACACCUGGACCAUCUCAGCCUGAAAGGAGCCCGGCUGACGGUGGAACAAGGCUGCCACAUCCUCAACUCCCUGAGCUACAUGCGGAAUGAGAACGUGGCCUCAGAGCUCAACAUUGAAGACUUCUUCAGCCAUCACCUGGCUGUCUACGGCAGCUCCCAGUUCAACAAGGCCAUGGCCACAUUCCACAACUUGACAUUCCUAACACUCAACUACAACUGUAUCUCCGACGAGCUGCUGGAGACCUUGUGCGAGAACAACGCCGGCACACUCCGGACCAUGAACAUUAAGUGCCAUGUUCAUGACCCUCACGGUCAGGUAGUCUGGGGUAUGUCCUGGGCCAAGCUGGCCAGGCAGGCCAGCAACCUGAAGGUGAACUUCUUCUUUGAGCGGGUGAUGAAAUAUGAACGCCUGGCCCGGAUCUUGCUGCAGGAGAUUCCAGUCAGGAGCAUUAGCCUGAGGAGCUGCUAUUUCAGUGACCCAGACUGGUCCAUGAGGCCUACUCUGACAGACCUCCUUCCGACCUUCCGGAACACUCUGCAGAAGUUAACAUUCGAGUUCAACAAUAAUCACGAGUCUCUAGAUGAGCAGCUGCACCUCCUCAUCCUGGCCUGUCGGAAGCUGUUUUACUUCAAAAUCUGGGCUUUCCUGGACGUUAAGUUUGUGGAGCGGAUCCUGAAGAGCCAGGAGGAAGGGCAGUGCUCCCUGCGCACACUGAAGGUGAGAAUUUAUACAAACCGAUACGAGACAAAUGAAGAGGACAGGACCCUACGGGAAAUUUACAGGAAAUACAGAAAGCUGAUCGAUUCAGAACUUAACUAUUUUGUCAUCGCCUACCCCAUGAUGUAAAGAGUGCUCUCCAGAGGAAGACAUCUAGAUGCACUUUGAACCUGAAAACCUGGUUCUCAGUGAAUUACCUUUGGGGCUCCCAUGCCCUCAUCCCCUUUUCUUCUCUCUCCUUUAACCAGUUCUACACUAUCAUAACCAGCCUUGCAAAGGCUGGACUGGUGGUGAUGGUGAGGCCCCGAGCAUCUUUAAAGUGCUAUCUUUACCAACAUACCGGUUGGCUUCUUUUUGUCAUUUGGUGUAGUUUUUUUGUUGGUGGUAGUUUGGGUUUUUGUUUUGUUUUGUUCUUUUGUUUGUUUGUUUAAAUUGGGCAUCCCACUCAGUUACAGAGCAAACUCAAAGUUUGCUAAGGGAGUCUGACCUCUGCUCACCUGGACAGGUGUGACCAGCCAGUGAGCAAACCUUCUACCAACCAACUUUACCCAUUUAGAAAUGGUUUGUACUGAGGUGGUGAUAACACACACCUUUAAUCCCAGCACAUGGAAGGCAGAGGAAAGUGGAUCUCUGAGUUUGAGGUCAGCCUGGUCUAUGGAGCAAGUUCCAGGACAGCCAGGGCUACACAGAGAAACACUGUCUUGAAAAGCAAAAUAAUGACACAAAAAUGCUUUGUAUCCUGACUGACCUUCACGUCAGAACCCCUGACCUUGAGGUUGCCUGGGUCUGAUCACACAUAAUCAAACCCAUCAGUAUUUCCUUGGAUGAAGUGGGACCCUUCCCAUUCUCAGAAGGAGCC